UCAGGAUGCCAGAGCCAGCAAAGUCCACCUCUGCUCCCAAAAAGGGCUCCAAGAAGGCUGUGACAAAGACCCAGAAGAAGGGCGAUAAGAAGCGGCACAAGAGCAGGAAAGAGAGUUACUCCAUCUAUGUCUACAAGGUGCUGAAGCAGGUCCACCCCGACACCGGCAUCUCUUCCAAGGCCAUGGGCAUCAUGAACUCCUUCGUCAACGACAUCUUUGAGCGCAUUGCUGGGGAAGCGUCCCGCCUGGCCCAUUACAACAAGCGCUCAACCAUCACCUCGCGGGAGAUCCAGACGGCCGUGCGCCUGCUGCUCCCAGGAGAGCUGGCCAAGCACGCUGUCUCAGAGGGCACCAAGGCCGUCACCAAGUACACCAGCUCCAAAUAGCCAGACGUCACGUCUCCAAUGGGGCCGUCGAGCACCAGACCCUCCGCACAGUCACGGGUAGGCAGCCGUGGUCUGGAUCAACAUCACAGCCAUUAUCCACAGCUAUUUACAGCCUUGGGACGGGCAUGGGAAGCUGCCUGGUGGAAGAGGAGGCGAUGAUCUGGAUGUCGUCUGAUUCAGGACAUGCGGUGGGUUCAAUGUGGCCAGUGGAGGAGGCCGCUGCUUUCACAUCUCAUCCGAAGGACUGGCUGUCCUGCAUCCAAACUCUCUUCUGUGCUUGGCAAACAUGCAUGUUUGGCACUGGUGAGAGAGGCUGGCUGCAGCAACAGAAAGUUGUCUCUGAAGUCUUCCCAUUUGGCUGCAUUCUCACAGUCACCCAAGAUGAGCACCAGAGAGCCAGCGCUGGUAUCCUCUCCCUCCUAGCCUGGAUCUGUCCUGGUGCACAACGGCACAGCCCAGUCUGUGCCAGCAGAAGAGGCAUCGGCAAGCUGUCAGCAGCUACCAGGCACAGGCUACAGAGUAAAAUCCAUACUGAUUCAACAGCUCUCUGUGUUUGACAGCUUCUUUAAAGAGUGAGGCAGGCAGCUCCCCAGGGUGACACCGAGAAAUAUUCCUCCUCCUCGCUCUGGUGGAUGAGCCGUGGAGCAGGCCGAGGGUGCCAACGCUGCCCAGUGCCUUCACACUUGUGCCAGGCAGACGGAGGGAUGUUGGGCUGGGUCUAGCUGCUGCUUUGCCUGCUUUGGGACUUAAUUUGGUGUGCAAGACAUUGCUAAUGCUGCUG